AUGGGACUCCGAGGAAGCUCCGUCCAUCUGACACCACUGCUCCUGCCAGCAGCAGCAGCAGCAGCAGCAGCAGCAGCAGCACCACCACCACAACCAGCAUCGCCAGCAGCAGCAGCAGCAGCAGCAGCAGCAGCAGCAGCAGCAGCAGCAGCAGCGGCAGCAGUCUGCUUCUGGUCAACCCUUUGUGACUUGAACAGCCAAUCUUCCACCCUCUUCUCUGCCUCCUCUCGACCACCUGCCCGACCCUCUUCUCUCCCACCCUCUCCUCCCCCCAUGCUACCGCCUAGCUCCAAUGAACCCCAUCGACCUAGAUCCUCCCCUCCCCAGCGGCCCCCUGCCCCUAGCAUCCAGCGACCUCUGCCUUCCAAUCCUUCCCUUCUCUUUUUUCUUCUCUUUCUGAGGAAGAAGCGUGCCUCACAGGGGGACGCAAGGCCGGGGCAGGGUUCGUUGCUCGUGCCAUCAUCCCCUCAUGCUGCCACUCCCUCCCCUCCCUCCCCUCCCUCCCCUCCCUCCCCUCCCUCCCCUCCCUCCCCUCCCUCCCCUCCCUCCCCUCCCUCCCCUCCCUCCCCUCCCUCCCCUCCCUCCCCUCCCUCCCCUCCCUCCCCUCCCUCCCCUCCCUCCCCUCCCUCCCCUCCCUCCCCUCCCUCCCCUCCCUCCCCUCCCUCCCCUCCCUCCCCUCCCUCCCCUCCCUCCCCUCCCUCCCCUCCCUCCCCUCCCUCCCCUCCCUCCACUCGGCCUGCUGCUACUGCCACUGCUGCUCCCAGCCUUGCUUUCACUCUUGCUCCCAUUCUUGCCGUCUGCCUUGCUGCCACUCCCUUCCCUCCCUUCUCUCGCACUCUUCCCCUCCUGCCCCUCCCUCCAUUCAUCCACAGCAUGUCUCAGAUUCAGAGAGGCAUGCCUCACAGGGGGACGCAAGGGCCUGCUAUUUCCAGUGCUGCUCCCACUCUUGCUCUCUGCCUUGCUGCCAUUCCCUUCCCUCCCUUCCCUCCCUUCCCUCCCAUCCCUCCCCUCCGUCCCCUCCUGCCCCUCCCUCCACUCGUCCACAGCAUGUCUCAGAUUCAGAGAGGCAUGCCUCACAGGGGGGCGCAGGGGCCUGCUGCUACUGCCAGAUCUGCUACCAGUCUUACUGCCACUCUUGCUGCUGGCAAGGAUGCUUGGAGCUGCAUUUCCCACCCCUCCAAUUCAAAUGAUACACCCCUCCCUUCUCCCUCCCUCGCUUUAAUCACACCACCAUCCCCUCCCUCUCUCGUUUUAGUCACACCACCUUCCCCUCCCUCCCCAGGCCGACCCACCACAAGGUUUUUCCCUGUCCACUCCUCCCAACCGAUUCUCCCAAACACCCCUUCGUUGUUCAAAUCCAAAGAUAGCUGCCUAGCAGCCAUCAAACGCCCGGGCUGCCUGCGUCUCCCAGAACCCAUCCCUGCUCCCUUUGUACCGCUUCCCACUCCUCCCUUCUCUCCUGCUCCUUCCCCUGCGCGUGUUGCUGCUGCUCCUGUGGCUGAAGCUGUGCCUGGUGGUAGCAUUGGCUUUGCUGCUCCCGCUGCUCCUCCUGCUCCUGCCCCUGCUCGCGCUCCUGCCCCUGCUCCUGCUCCUGCUCCUGCUCCUGCUGCUCCUGCUGCUCCUGUUCCUGCUCCUGCUCUUCCUACUCCUGCUGCUUCUGCUCCUGCUCCUGCUCCUGCUCCUGCUCCUGCUCCUGCUCCUGCUCCUGCUCCUGCUCCUGCUGCUGCUGCUGCUGCUGCUGCUGCUGCUGCUGCUGCUGCUGCUGCUGCUGAUGCUGCUGCUGCUGCUGCUGCUGCUGCUGCUGCUGCUGCUGCUGCUGCUGCUGCUGCUGCUGCUGCUGCUGCUGCUGCUGCUGCUGCUGCUGCUGCUGCUGCGUCUGCCCUAGCCACUACCCAAGGGUUACCACCCAAAGCACCCCGCGACGCGCUGGGUGACAUUGGAGGUUUGCUCGGAAACCCAUGCGUGCGCGAGCGGGAGAAAUGGGGAGAACACGCAGAACCGGAAAGCCCUGGGAAGCUGCUAGAGUGA